CAUUUGCCGAAAGAACCCAAGCUCGAAAGCAAUAAGAAAGAAUCCUGGCAAUCAAAUGUAAGCAGAACAAAUGGGGAGUGCGUAUUUCUUCUUCUUUUCAUGUCGCUAAAUCCUACCUGACAUGGUUCUCGAUUAAUUCGUUCUCUCCACCUGGAAGUAACGAUUGCAACUGAUGGUUCUUUAUUGGGCUCCCAAUAACCAUGAUUGAUUCGGAAAAGAACUGGCUGGCGAUUAUUAUUGGCUUUGGGAUUGCUUUGGCGUUCAUCGUGUCUGUAGGAGCUCGAUUGAUCUGCAGGACAAUCGAGGCACGGAUGGAGCAGCAGAGAAGUUUGCAACGAAGUGUGGAGUUGAGGAGUACUGUUCAUGAAGUGGAACAAAUUGUUAUUACAACUGUUCCUACAACCAAGUUCAACAGUGAUGAUUUCUCUUCUGAAGAAGAUGCCCAGUGUUCCAUCUGUUUAGGAGAGUACCAAGAAAGGGACAUUUUGAGGUUUAUGCCAAAAUGUGGCCAUGCAUUCCACGUCAUGUGCAUUGACAGGUGGAUAUUGAAGCAGCGAACUUGUCCCAUCUGCCGUUUAUCGCUGCAGGACAUUUAUGAUGUGCAGGAUUCAACAUUUCCAAGAUUGGAUAUGGCUAUCCAUGCAGAAACUCCACCCACACAACUACAAUUGCUAGGAGCUUAGAGCAGGAUGGAUGCUAACUGGCAAUCAUUUGAUUUUAAUGUUUGGAGCCAGGGGAUAUAAGUAGCACCGACGAAGAUGGCAAGUGCUUUGGUUCUGAUAUAACGUACGCAUACUAUACUCGAUGUGGAGUUAUUAUGAUGUAAGAACUGUAGAUCUUACUGUACAGUUACUUAUUAGUGUCUGACCAAUUGGAUGUUUGGGGUGGAUUCUAUUUGCAGUCAAGGUGAACAUGAUGUGACCAGCAGAUUCUGUAAAUCUAUACAGUUGUUGAUUUGUUAUUUAGAAAACUAAAACUUCUGAUAGAAAAAGUAAGGAAAUUUCA